GGUAGCGAUCAUCUGGAGUGUCGAAAAUGAAAGAUGGGUGUCUCUGAAGUCAUGGCGGUCGCAAGCAAAUGCUGGCGGCGCAACAUGUUGUUCGAGCUGAAGAACAAUGGCGAGAACAAAAAGACAGCCGACGAACCCAAUUGUCCUCGCGUAGUAUCCGCCACUGCUGCGUUGCUUGCCCAUAUUAACACGCGCCUCAGCGCUUCUUCAGCUUCAUUCUUCACGUCAUGCACCUUCUCUCUUCACUCAACGCCUGUUCAAGCCUUCUCUACAGAAUGUCGUCAGUCGCGACAUUCUCUUCAUGCUUCAGAUCUUCAGAUGCACCCCUUGUUGCAUUCUUGGGAACAUGAAGAAGAGUUCCUUCAAAACUUGCCGACAACCUAUCGCAAGGCACGACGUGAUCACGUAUCUGCGACAUCAUUGAACUGCAAAACUCUCAGAGCAAGACGAUCGCCAGGACUGGUGCAGGCACCACUGACCUCGCGAGGUUCAGGGAAGUGUUGUCGCGCUGUCAAUCAGUGCAAUCUCGUUCACAGCCUCUCGAUGCAACGAGUCUACGUGCCCCACCAUCCUUAUUUGCUUGUCGAGGCGCGUUAUCACGCCAUGCCCUUUCUGUGUACCCCCACAGAUAUAGCAUCCAAUAGAGGCUUCGGCUUCAAACUUCAAGCCUCGUUCUUGCUGUCCACGAGGUCUAAUACUGCAUCCAGUUCUGUGGACUCACCGCUUCGCUCGACCCUCAUCAUCAAACGAGGUUCAAGACUUCAAAAGCACCCGUCUAAUGUACAGACAGCUCACUUUCCGUAGACAACAGCGAAGAGUUACCUUCCCGCCGUUCGUGGAUGUUGAAUCGACAUCCGACAAAUAUCUUGACCUCUAGCCUCUCCGUGCCACUGGCCUCCAUUUCUCCACCACAUGUCCCUGCUUGCUCGUUGGCACGCUUUCGCUUGUGGACAUCAAAUGCGCUCACUUCACACUUCACUUGGCCAGACUCACAUCACCAACGCCUCUCCGUCAACAAUGGAUGCCCGCCGUCAUCUGCCAUCGUCUCCACAACCAACUCUCGCUCACUCAUCAAGCAGACGUGGGCACGCCAUCUAUGCCUGAUGAACGUUGUGCUACUGCGUUCUCCCUGCAGCAGUCGAUCGACCCAUCGCGGCGUCACUCAAUCCAUCUACGUACUCGUCCCUUCUACUCUACUGCUCUGUGGGGUCUACCUUGCGCGAAUCAAUAUAGCAGCGUAUAUUCUAAAAAUGAAUCAAAAAAUGUUUUGAGUCUCAGGCUGAGAAUCAAUGCCUCGUUAGCAGCGAAUAGGAGGGAAGAAUAUAUCAGACGUACCGAAAUCAUUUGCCAUCGAAAGACGGACCUAGUAUAAAGUGAGAAUUUGUUAUUCCUGGUCAGUAGAAUGUCGCAACACAAUACUGACAUGAAACAUACCGUAAUAACGCAAUAGUCCUCCA